AUGAAUCCCGAAGGAAGUGCCCCCAUCGCGCCGAAGACGACUCCCCACGCGCCACCGGCACACAUCAAAGCGGAGCACGAAGAAAGGCAUGCGGUUUCAAAAAUCAGUUUUCCAGAUUUCGAUGUGGAUGAUGUGGACACCUGGUUCCUUUGCCUGGAAGCGGCUUUCAACGUUCAAUCGGACAAGCAGAAAUUCAAUACGGUCAUCGUGUCGCUCGGCAACCGAGCCAAAUACGUUUACACUGCCAUUGCAAAGUGUAACAAAAGUGAGAAUAACGAUCGUUACAUCACGAUGGAAAACGCCGUACUGGAGUAUUUUCAACCCUCGGAAAACCAGCGGCUAACCAACCUCCUUUCCGGUGUUUCGCUGGGCGACCACAAGCCCAGCAUGCUGCUCUCCGAGAUGCGAAGACUGGGCAGAGAAGGAUGCUCCGACAGCGUCCUUCUUAACAUCUGGCUUCGUGCACUACCCAACACAGUGCGGUCCAUCGUUUUCGCCUUGCCCACCGCUACACUCGACGAGCAGGCGAUCGUGGCUGACAAAAUCAUGGAGGCGCCACGCACGGAGAUUGCACCUCAGCAGCUAAAGUAA